GGCGGCCCGGCCCCCGGGCAAGAUGGCGUCGCUGCUGCAGUCGGAGCGGGUGCUGUACCUGGUGCGCGGCGAGAAGGAGAUGCGGGCGCCGCUGUCGCAGCUGUACUUCUGCCGGUACUGCAGCGAGCUCCGGUCCCUGGAGUGCGUCUCGCACGAGGUGGAUUCUCACUACUGCCCCAGCUGCCUGGAAAACAUGCCUUCAGCUGAAGCCAAGCUGAAAAAGAACAGGUGUGCCAACUGCUUUGACUGUCCCUGCUGCAUGCACACUCUUUCCACCCGGGCCACCAGCAUUCCUGCUCCACUCCCUGAUGACCCAGCCAAGACCACCAUGAAGAAAGCCUAUUACCUGGCCUGUGGGUUUUGUCGUUGGACUUCCCGGGAUGUGGGCAUGGCAGACAAGUCUGUGGCCAGUGGUGGGUGGCAGGAGCCAGAGAAUCCUCACACACAGAGGAUUAACAAACUGGUUGAGUACUACCAGCAGAUGGCUCAGAAGGAGAAGAUUGAGCGGGACCGGAAGAAGCUGGUGCGGCGCCGAAACUACAUGCCCCUGGCCUUCUCUGACAAAUAUGGCCUUGGAACCAGGCUGCAACGGCAGAGGCCUGGAGCACCCAUCAGUGCCCUUGCUGGACUCUCGCUGAAAGAGGGAGAGGACCAGAAAGAGAUCAAGAUUGAGCCAGCUGAUGCAGUGGAAGAGGUGGAACCUCUUCCUGAGGAUUAUUAUACAAGACCAAUCAAUCUGACAGAAGUGACCACGCUGCGCCAGCGCCUGCUGCAGCCUGACUUCCAACCCAUCUCUGCUUCCCAGCUCUACCCACGCCACAAGCACCUCCUGAUCAAACGCUCUCUGCGCUGCAGGAAAUGUGAACACAACCUGAGCAAACCAGAAUUCAAUCCAACAUCUAUCAAAUUCAAGAUCCAGCUGGUUGCUGUUAACUAUAUUCCUGAAGUGAGGAUCAUGUCUAUUCCCAACCUGCGCUACAUGAAGGAGAGCCAGGUUCUUCUGACUCUGACCAAUCCAGUGGAGAACAUCACACAUGUCACACUGCUGGAGUGUGAGGAGGGAGACCCUGAAAACAUCAACAGCACUGCCAAGGUGGCAGUUCCUCCCAAGGAGCUUGUUCUGGCUGGCAAAGAUGCUGCAGCAGAAUACGAUGAGCUGGCAGAGCCUCAGGACUUCCAGGAUGACCCUGAUGUUAUUGCCUUCAGAAAAGCCAACAAGGUUGGAGUUUUCAUCAAGGUCACCCCACAAAAAGAAGAGGGCGAAGUCACCGUGAGUUUCAAGAUGAAGCACGAGUUCAAAAACCUGGCUGCUCCCAUCAGGCCCAACGAGGAGGGUGACCACCCCUCUGAGGUCAUCUGGCUCACCCAUCACGUGGAGCUCAGCCUGGGCCCGGUCCUCCCGUAGAGAUUCCCGAUGCCUGGCCACAGGAGGGACUGGCACAGCAAGAAAGCACCUGGUGAAAUGUUCUGUGAGAGGCCCUUGUGGUGUCUGGGGGUGUGCCACGGGCCCUGGCUGGGAGGGAGGGGUUGAGGGUGGGGGGCUUUGGGAUGGUUUGUUCUCUCUCUUCUUGUAGUACCCACUAACUACCACUCCUCUUCCCCGUAACCCCACUGGCUAGUUGAACUUGCAGCACACAGAGAGAGAUCCCACUUUCUCCAGAUUUGCACCACACCUGCCUGAACUUGGUUCUGUCCAUAGAAAAGGGCCCAUAUUGGUUUAUUCUUCCUGGUGUUACACACUCAGUAGCAAACAGCUCCUUUUUUUUGCACAGAGCUAUGCCCUUCCCCAACAAACACUGUCAGGGGUGGCCCUGUCUGCUGUGUUCUGGGCAAGUUACUGGUAGCAGCAUGGUGCUUUCUUUUGGUUUCCUCUUGUAGUAAUACCUCAGCUGUGGGGAUGGAGACACAACACCCCACCACUGGCACGUGUAGCUUGCUUAGCCAAGGUGAUGGAUGUUUCCUCAAGGAAAGGAUGGGUUUGCCUCUCGACCCAAAGUGUAGUGCCCUCCUGGAGUAUUUGUGGGUUGGACUGGCCUGAGCUAGCUCCUGUGUUGCCAUUGGAUGUGGCAGCACGAUGUGCUGUGAGCUGGGAAUUCUGCUACAGCUCUGGGUUGAGGCAGGGAUGCUCUGGAGAAGCUGCCUGGCAACCUUCAGAUCAAUUAACGUGUGUUAAUAGGGGUAGUGACCAGAGUCUGAAACCAGGAGAGUUAAAAUUAGGUCUGGUGUACAUAAAACUAGAGGUUGUUUUGAGUUCAAACUCAAUUUUGUCUUUUUUCCAGUUAGGGUGGGUGGGGGAGGUGAAAAGGCAGUUACACAUUAACCAGCACACCCUGUGCUGGGAGGGAGGGGGGUUACAGCUGCCAGCCGGCUGUAGCCCAGGCUACAACAGGUAAUGACGAGCUGUGCACCCAGGAUACUGAAUUCCCACUCGCUGCAGUAGCUCGGUGCAGGCUGGCGAGGUGGCUCUCCCUGCAGGGCAUUCCCAGUGCUGAUCCUGAUCCUCCUGGAACAUUCCUGGUGUGCUUUGCCAGCGUGGGAAUAUCUGGACACACUGAUCCAGGUGGAUCUGCCAGCCCGGAGCUGCAGACCCUCUGUGCAGGAGGGUGGGAUGGGGCUGCCUGUUCCCGAGAGAAACGGGGGUGCAGGGGGAGCGUGCCUGGCACCCCACAUCCCACCACAGGUCUCAGAGCAGCGAGGCCCCACCUUUACACCUCUGUGUAGGUUACACACAGCGUACAGCAUGAGUUUGAGACGUGUAGUUGAUAGUUUGUGUGUAGUGCUAGCGCCUGCCCUGCCUUUACCUCUCACCUUCACCUCCGGCCGCGACUUCUCCUCGGUAGCCAAAAUAGCAUCCACGCUUGCCACACAGAUAGGGAAGAGACCCUUCUAGGGAGGGAGGGGGCGGCUGUCCCGGGCCUCCAGCACAGCUGCCCUGGGGCUGGCGCUUCUCACCGGGUUUGGUGUCGGUUCGCGGUUGUACCGAACCCGGCGUGGGCUGUGCCCGGGACCGCCCCUCCUGCCCCUUGCCGCCUGACUGCUUGGCGUCCUGUAGUGACCUUCAAUAAAGCAAACGUGGCUCUCGGA